AUGCAAAUCUUUGUUCGCGGCACUGCCAAAUUAUUGGCAUUCGAUGUUGAAAAAGAUGAUACCAUUCAAGAUGUUUAUGAAUAUAUUGCUCAAGAAUCUGGUUAUGCUAUAAAUGAUAUUUUAUUGAGCUUACAUGGAACACCAUUAAAUAAUGAACAAACAAUCGAAGAAUUCGAUCUUGUUUCAGGUACAAUUAUUGAUGUUAAUGUUAAAUUAUUAGGUGGAAAAACUCAUGGACGAAUAAACCACGCUGGUAAAGUUAAAAAUCAAACACCAAAAGUUCCUCAAACAGAAAAACCAAAAAAGAAAACUGGUCGUGCUCGUCGUCGUGAACAAUAUGCACAACGUUUCACCAGCAAAGUUGGCUCACCGGAAGGAUUCCGCCGUGGACCUAAUUCAAACUACCGACUACCUGCUUCUUCAUAA